GCACUUCCAAGUAAGUAUUUUUAUUGUCAAUAAUUUAGUAGUUUCUUACAUGAGUUGUUGAUUAUUUGCUUAUUCAGUAGCUUUUCUUUAAUGGGUAUUUUGAUUCUUGAUUUUCCAAUUGUUGAUUUGUGUGAAAGAAUGGUGUUUGUUUGUGAAUAUUUUGGUAAAGGUGUUUUAGCUGUGAGCUUGUGACUGAAAAGAAAAAGGUAACUUUAAACAAACACCACGCAGUGUGCUUUUGUGUUUUUUGUUAGUUAUAUUCUGUCCUAAGUCGAGGGUCUAUCGAAAACAACCUCUCUACUUCAUCAGAUGAAGUAGGACUGCGUACUCUUUACCCUCCCCAGACCCCACUUUGCGGGAAUACACCGGCUGGGAAAAUGGAUAAAGAAUUCGAAGCAUCUCCGUCGGCAUCCUCUUUCGAUUACGAGCUUUAUGAAGGAGAUCCUGAUCAUCUUAGAACUGUUAUUGCUGCACCUGACCCAGCCAGUCCGUACAUCGAUCCUGCUUCGAUCAAACUUAAACAUAGGAUUGGGCGUGGAUACUUUGGUGAUGUUUGGUCAGCCACGCAUCAUCAAUCAACCACUGAUUACGAUGAGAGUCACGAAGUAGCUAUAAAGAUGUUACAUCCUGUAAAUGAGGAUCAAGUAAAGGCUUUCUUAAGUAAGUUCGAGGAGUUAUGGGUGAAUUUGAAAUCUAAACAAAUCCAAGGCAUUUGCUGGUUGCAUGGCAUCUCCGUAUUAUCUGGAAGGAUCUGUAUAGCUAUGAGAUCCUAUGAGUGGUCAGUUGGUGAUAAAAUGGCUCGGCUGAAAGGAGGGAAGCUUCAGUUACCUGAUGUUCUUAGAUAUGGUAUUGAAUUGGCUAAAGUAAUACAAGAGUUGCAUUCAAUGAAUGUCCUUGUUCUAAACCUUAAGCCAACGAAUUUUCUUCUGAAUGAACAUGACGAAGUGUUCCUCGGAGACUUUGGGAUACCGUAUCUUCUGCUUGGAGUUCAACCGGCUGAUGCAGAUCUAGCUUUUAGGCUUGGAACUCCGAGUUACAUGGCUCCGGAACAGUGGGAACCUGCGGUUAGAGGACCAAUAGCUUGUGAGACCGAUGCUUGGGGAUUUGGGUGCAGCAUUAUUGAGAUGUUGACUGGUUUUCCGCCAUGGUUUGGUAAAUCAGUCCAAGAUAUAUAUCGUUCAGUGGUGAUAAACCAAGAAAAGCCACAACUUCCCGGUGGCCUCCCUACUGCUAUUGAGAAUGUUCUCAAUGGCUGUUUUGAGUAUGAUUUCCGCAAUCGACCUCUGAUGGUGGACAUUUUGCAAGCAUUUGAAAGCUCGAAGAAUGCUGUAUAUACUGAAGGAGAGUGGAGCAACAUCGUAGGGACUUUGUCUGACAAAAGCAAAACCCGUGGCUUUACCACAUGGUACCUUUCAAAAGAUCUUCUUGAAGUUGGAGAUGCUAUUCGUUCGAGAAAAAUGUUCAACUCCAGAAAGUCUCAAGAUUCGGCUUUGUUAGAAGGAACUGUUGUUGGUCUAGAGAAAGAUACUGAUCGAGACGGAUUUGUUCUCGUACGAGUCCCUAAUUUGCCGAGUCCGCUGAGGGUAAAUGCAUCAACCAUAGAGAGGGUUACAUGUGGUUUGGCAACUGGAGAUUGGGUGCGUUUGGUCAAUGAAAAGAAGAAGCACUCCUCCGUGGGUAUCCUACACUCCGUGCACCGUGAUGGAAGCGUAACCGCUGGUUUUUUAGGCUUAGAAACAUUAUGGCGAGGACAUUGUUCGGAAGUCCAAAACGCAUUCCCGUAUUUUCUGGGAGAAUUUGUGCAGUUGAAAUCAAACGUCAGAACUCCCCGGUUUGAAUGGCCUCAAAAACGGGGAGGCAGAUGGGCUACCGGGAGAAUAUCACAGAUACUUCCAAACGGUUGUCUCGUUGUUCAGUUUCCAGGAAGGAUGGUGUUUGGCGAUGAACCAAAUACUUUCUUGGCCGAUCCAGAUGAGGUGAUCCACGUAUCGUUUGAUACAUGUCCUGGCAUUAUCGAAAAGUAUCAGCACCUCGAGGAUUUUCACUGGUCUAUUCGACCACUUUCUAUUGCAUUCACCCUAUUUACAGCAGUAAAGCUCGGUGUAUCUGUAGGAAAAUGCAUUAACGCGAAGCUGAAGAAGGACACAAAGGAUCACAAGACGGCCAGCGAUGGUCGUAGUCAAGAUGGUCCGGCUGGUGGCAAGUUCGCCUGGCAUCGACCAACUGUUGCAAAUAUCCUAUUUAAAGAUGGUGCUAGAUAAUCCGUACUUAUUAUAUGUCGAAAAUGUAUAUAUUUUGUAGCGAAUUUUUGAAGUACAACAGCGUAAAACUUUAUAUUAUCUGGUGCUAUAAACUCUGUAUUAUGUUGGAUUUGUGAUGGUGUGUAUUCAUGUUUUGUAAAUGCAAGUUUCUGAACAUCUCAGAAAUGUUGAAUUUGAGUUA